AUGUCCCCCUCCCUCCAGUCCCCCCCCACCACCACCAAGGCCUCCGACCUGGCCUCCAAACGCAGACGCUUUCAGCCACCAAUCACUAGCUUCUUCUCAACUACAUCUACACCUCCCCCAGAAGACAAUGACAACGUGACCACCGACCGCACCCACCACCUCUCUCACAACCACUACUCCGCCGCAACCUGCUCCCCCACCCCCAUCGUCCCCACCAAAGUCCAAGCCUCCCUCCUCUCCGUCGGCAUGCGCAUUCGCAAAUCCGUCGCAGAGGGAUACAAGACUCGUCUGGCGAAGCCCGACCCCAGUUUCUCCGAGUUGGCUCCCUACAGCGGCAUGCGCAGUCAUUCCGCACCCAUGAACCUUAUCACCGAUGACGAAGGCGACGCUUUCUCCCUCCCCUCCAGCAGCCAGGAGUCCAACGCCGGUGGUCAGAAACGCUCUUAUGAUAUGGACUUUGACCUCGACGAUAGUGAGGACGAUGACGUUGCUGCUUCGGGCUUGGAUCUAUCUACACACAAUGCUACUCUUCUGAGCCGGACCAUCCUUGCGCCCAAGUUGAAUCAGCAGCGAAGACGGUUCGUGACGCUGCGGAAACAUGCCACUAUUUCCGAGGGCAUGGGUAUGGAUAUUGAUGACUUUGAGGAGGCUUCCUUCUUGCGCAGUCGCGAGGAGGUGGAUAUGGAGUAUGGCUCUGUGAGUCGAAGCUCGGAGAUUGAAAUGGGUGGGAUCUAAACGUGUUGUUACUAUUGCUGGGGCUUUCCCAUCAUUUCUCUCGUCGUUUCUGGAUUAUCUUAUUAGCCGGAGUUAACGUGGGUUGGGCUGGGUUUGGGUGGUUGUACUAUUAUCUGUUGUGCUUUUCGGUUGCGUGCAACGUUCCUUGUGGACACAGAGUGCCAUAGGCUGGUUCUAUGUGCUGGAAGACAAGCCGGGUGGAUGAAUUGAUGCGCCAUGCAUACUGUUCUUUAUUUCGCCCGUUGUGUUUCUUUGCCCUGUCUGUCUGUCUGUUUUUCUAUGCAUAUUCUUACUUGGCCCCUGCUUGCUCUACAUUCUUGUUGUUUGUUAUCAAGCACCCUGUACAUAUAACCCGAUUGUGAUGAC